AUGUGCGCGCUUCGAACAACUCUACAAGCGAGCUGCUGCGAGAACUGCUUCGACCGCGGAUUCGCGCUGUCGGCGGUGCUCGCGAACGAGUCGACCAUCCUGAAUGAAUUCGCGCCGUCGCUGGCGAAGAUGCUAGGAGGAACAGAGAUUCAGCUGUGCUCCAUAUUCGUGGGAUUCCACGACUGCGCGAACGAGUUGGAACAAGUCAACUGCGCCGUAAACUGUAACCCAGAUUCGGGCAACUACGUGCGUCAGCCUGAAGGGGUGGGCGCGAACCCCAUUUUCACGAUGUGCGACGGCUAUGCGACCAAGAUGUUCGACGACUGCAAGGGAUUGCCAGUCCCCGGCACCACGGCCACGUUUGGCCAGUUUCUCAACACCAAGGAUCGCCUGCUGAACAAAACGCUCGGCGCGAUAUUCUCGGCCCUCGGGUACCGCGGCACCACUCUUGAGAUUGUGCCUGGAACGACUGGGUGUUACAACGGUCCUACCAAGAUUAAUCCUCGCAUGAUCUGCUGCGACCCGCUCUGCAGCUGGCAAUUUAACAGUUUAGUGAUUUGUGCCGUUUCGAACGCACUCUCGCCGCCUUCCCAUCGCAUCUCGCUCGCCCUCCCGUUCCAAUCGUCCUCGCGCCGUCCGUCCCGUCGUCCGUCCCGUAGCCUUCCCGUCGCCGUCCGAUCGCCUUCCCGUCGCCGUCCCGUCGCCUUCCCAUCGCCGUCCCGUCGCCUUCCCGUUUGCCGUCCCGUCGCCUUCCCGUCACCGUCCCGUCGCCUUCCCGUUCGCCCUUCCCCUCUCCGUCGCCCUUCCCCUCUCCGUCGCCCUUCCCCUCUCCGUUCGCCCUUCCCCUCUCCGUUCGCCCUUCCCCUCUCCGUCGCCCUUCCCCUCUCCGUUCGCCCUUCCCCUCUCCGUUCGCUCUUCCCCUCUCCGUCGCCCUUCCUCUCUCCGUCGCCCUUCCCCUCUCCGUUCGCACUUCCUCUCUCCGUCGCGCUUCCCCUCUCCGUUCGCCCUUCCCCUCUCCGUUCGCCCUUCCCCUCUCCAUUCGCCCUUCUCCUCUCCGUCGCCCUUCCCCUCUCCGUCGCCCUUCCCCUCUCCGUUCGCCCUUCCUCUCUCCGUCGCCCUUCCCCUCUCCAUUCGCACUUCCUCUCUCCGACGCGCUUCCCCUCUCCGUUCGCCCUUCCCCUCUCCGUUCGCCCUUCCCCUCUCCAUUCGCCCUUCUCCUCUCCGUCGCCCUUCCUCUCUCCGUCGCGCUUCCUCUCUCCCGACGCCCAUCCUCUCUCCCGUCGCCCCUCUUCUCUCCCAUCUCGCCUCAUCUCUCCCGUCAACCUUCCUCUCUCUCCUUACGUCGCUCUCGCUGUCUCCGCUCGAAGUACUACCGUACCUGGUUAA